CAUAUAUUUACGAUUUAUCUAGAAACCUUCUUAGCAUAUAAUCCAGAAAAAGCUGAAUCACUCCAAUGGCGUGGAAUCUCCAAUUAAUUGAGCAGACUUAACAUUCAUGUGGAGAAUACACAGCCAGAGUAACACCAACCUUAUCUUUGUUGUUGUAUUCGCCAGAUGCAUCGUCUGACACUAAAACAAAUCCCAAAUAUAUGUGGGCGUUUUGCCAUUUGCCAAUCAGUAUAAAUACACAGAGACUGUGCAUUGGUGUUUUGAAGCUUGCACCGGGUUUAGCAAUGGCGGCGCUUGUGUAUUCUCCACUACAUUUGACGUCGCCAUCUUCGUUGCAGAAGAAAAAUUCUUGGUUGAAUUCCACAACACCCAAAUUUGUUUCACUAAAAUUGGCUCUGUUGAAGAAUCGUGGGCACUUUCACCGUUGUGUUGGUCAAUUUAGACGCUGUAGAAAUACACCAAGAUGCUCUGUUUCGACACAAGAUAUAACGACUAGGAGAUUGAGAAUAGGUGAACGGGAAUUGUCGGUUGAAUCCAGCAAAUUGCUGAUAGACAUACCACGGAACGUGAAAUUGACUCCAACGGAUUUCGAUGGAGUGUUUGUAGGCGCUGAUUUGUCAAAGAGCGAAAGCCAACAUGUGAUCUCUAUCGGCACUCUCAAAAAUCUUCGGUUUCUGUCGUGCUUUCGAUUCAACAUAUUUUGGAUGUCACAGAAGAUGGGAACCUCUGGCAGAGAAGUUCCUGAUGAAACGCAGUUCUUGUUGGUGGAGAGCCGUGGCGAUGAAGAUGAUGUGUAUUACAGUGUGUUUUUGCCUCUUAUAGAAGGCUCCUUCAGAGCAUGCCUGCAAGGGAAUGCCAAGGACCAGCUGCAGCUCUGUUUGGAGAGUGGAGACCCUGCCGUUAAAGAAUCCUCAUUUAUACAUUCAUUAUUUAUCAAGACUGGAACAGAUCCUUUUGAGGUCGUUGCAGAUGCUGUCAAGGCUAUGGAAGUUCAUUUGCAAACAUUUCUUCACAGGGAGGAAAAGAAGCUGCCUGGAAUAAUUGACUGGUUUGGCUGGUGUACCUGGGAUGCCUUCUACCAAGACGUUUCUGCAGAGGGUAUAGAAAAAGGCUUAAAGAGUCUGUCAGAGGGAGGGACACCGCCACGGUUUAUUAUCAUAGAUGAUGGUUGGCAAUCUGUUCAAAAACCAGAACUGUUCCGUGAUAAGAUGCCUUACAGCCGCUUAAAUCACAUAAAAGAGAAUAGUAAAUUUCAAAUUGGCGUUGAAGGCAGCCAAAGGUCAGAAGAUCCAGCCAAGGGCAUUCAGAAUAUUGUCCAAAUAGCCAAAGAAAAGUACAAUUUGAAGUACGUAUAUGUAUGGCAUGCACUUGCAGGAUACUGGGGAGGAGUUCAACCAGGAAUUGCUGAUAUGGAAAGCUAUGAUUCUACAAUGCAGUACCCUGCAUCUACUCCAGAUUCUUUCCAAUACAUGCCAGAAACAGAUAGCCUUUCUGUUCAAGGAAUUGGCCUUAUGAAUCCUGAAAGAGUGUUCCAGUUCUACAGUGACUUACACAGCUACCUUGCAGCAUCUGGAGUUGAUGGUGUGAAAGUCGAUGUUCAGAGUCUUCUUGAGACUGUUGGUAGUGGUUUUGGAGGCAGAGUUUCAAUUUCUAGGCAGUACCACCAGGCAUUGAAUAAGUCUAUUGCUCAGAACUUCCCAGAUAAUGGAGGCAUAGCAUGCAUGAGUCAUAGCACAGAUGCUCUUUAUUUUUCAAAGCAGACAGCAGUUGUAAGAGCUUCAGAUGAUUUCUAUCCAAGAAACCCGUUAUCCCACACCAUUCACAUUGUUUCAGUUUCAUACAACAGCAUCUUCCUUGGAGAGUUCAUGCAACCAGAUUGGGAUAUGUUCCAGAGUCUUCACUCAGCUGCAGAAUACCAUGCUGCUGCCCGGGCUAUCGGUGGCUGCCCUAUAUAUGUCAGCGACAAGCCUGGGAAUCACAACUUUCAAUUAUUGAGAAAGCUUGUUCUCCCAGAUGGUUCUGUAUUGCGAGCACUCCUGCCCGGUCGACCAACUCAUGAUUGUUUGUUUGUUGACCCCCUUCGUGAUGGAAAGAGUCUAUUAAAGAUAUGGAACAUGAACAAAUACACAGGAAUUUUGGGAGUUUUCAAUUGCCAAGGCGCUGCUUGGAGCCAAGAAGAAAGGAAGAGUGUAUAUCAUGAUAAAAAUCCCGAAAGGAUUUCACAAAACAUCCGUCCACAAGAUGUGCAUUUAUUAGCAGAUGCCACAGUGGGUAACUGGGAUGGCUUGUGUGCAGUUUAUUCCCACAAAGGUGGACUUGUGCUUCUACAAAAGAGCACAUCAUUAACAGUUACCCUUGAAGUACUGGAGUAUGAGGUUUAUACCAUCACACCAAUAAAGAAUUUAAGGAAGGACAUUUCGUUUGCUCCACUGGGCCUGAUUGACAUGUUCAAUGCUGGAGGAGCUCUCCGCACAUUAGAAUAUGAAGCGGAAUCACAAACAGCAAAGAUGAAAAUUCAUGGGUGUGGUAGAUUUGGUGCAUAUUCUUCGACAAGGCCAACAAAGUGUCUGGUGGAGUCUGCGGUGACAGACUUCUCAUAUGAUCCUGAAUCUGGCCUAAUUUCUCUAAUGUUGCAACAACCCAUUGAAGGCCAUCUCUGGAAUGUCACAGUAGACUUCUAAACACUGCUCCCACCCAAGCAUUCUGGUCCAGCUAAAUUGGGAGCAAAAUUCAGAAGCGACAAAACCCAAUUUGAUUGAAGAUUACUUCAAAUCGGAAAAGAAUGUGGUUUAUAUUUUUUUCUUGCCAAAGGCAGAUUAGAUGCAAUUUAGUUUAUUUACAUGGUAAAUUAUCAUAUACAAUUAAGUAACAAUAAUUAUAAUUAAUUUUAUUUUUUAAUAAUUGAAAAAAUUAUUUAUC